GUGCUUAGUUUUGUAUAUAUAUAGGAUGGAGAAGUAUCUAUAUAGAAAACAUUGUCCUGAAUAUUAUAAUACCUAUUAGGUGAUUGAAAACAUUUUCCUAAAUAUUAGAAUACCUAUAUAGUGAUUGAAACUAUUUUCACAAACCGAACAAAAAGUAGUCAACGUACUACUCAUCACAUCUAAGAAGAGCAAUGUUUCAAGCUACCAGCACGGGGGCUCAGAUUAUGCAUGCGGCGUUUCCCCGUUCUUGGAGGCGAGGGCAUGUCCUGCCUCUCCGGAGUGCAAAAAUCUUCAAGCCCCUCGCAUGUCUCGAACUCAGAGGAAGCACAGGAAUUGGUGGGUUCCAUGAGAUUGAACUUAAAGUUCGUGAUUAUGAAUUGGAUCAGUUUGGUGUUGUGAACAAUGCUGUUUACGCAAACUACUGCCAACACGGUCGACACGAGUUUAUGGAUAGUAUCGGUAUCAACUGUAAUGAAGUAUCCCGUUCUGGUGGAGCCUUGGCAAUUCCUGAGUUAACAAUAAAGUUCCUUGCACCUUUACGUAGUGGAUGUAGGUUUGUGGUGAAAACGAGGAUAUCGGGGAUAUCUUUGGUGCGCAUUUACUUUGAACAGUUCAUCUUUAAACUUCCAAAUCAAGAGCCUAUUUUGGAGGCAAAAGGAACGGCUGUGUGGCUUGACAACAAGUACCGGCCUACUCGUGUCCCAUCUCAUGUACGCUCAUAUUUUGGUCACUUCCAGUGUCAACACUUGGUCGAUUGAUCCACAUUCUAGGGCAUCACAAAAUUUAUGACCUAUAUAUUUUGGUUUGUUACAAUUUCGAUUUGAUGCAGAAAAUAUAAAUAUCCAUAAUUUUACAGACCAAAACAUAGAUUCAAAUUUUUUUUUUGGACAAAGAUUCAAACUUAAUACCUAUUAAAAUGAGGCAAAUCAUAGUACUAAAAUCUGAAGAGCAAGAUAUAUGUGAUGAUAUAUGUAUACAUAUAAUUAUAUAUAUUUAAACUGUAUAGUUUAUUAUAUCUAGGUUUAAAUUUUUAUGAAUUUGUAUUCAUCACAUUAAUCCUAAAAUAUAUCAAUAGUGCUUUUUGUUUGUUGAAUUUUGAAAUUUGCUAUAUAUUAAUUAUUUUAAAAAUCUUAUCACGUAACUGGUGAAAAAAACAAAAUCUGAAGUAAUCAAUAUCGGUCAGAAUAUCUAUCUUUUGACAUAAGUCGUUACAGAACGGGUAUGGAUAAAAACAAAUGGCCGAUCGAACAGAGGAAACUAAUCAAAAAUCACACAAAUUCAUGAUAUCCGCUCUAUGUCCACUCCUGUGACAUUCUUAUGAUUUUUGUACAUGUUGUGAAACUCGUUCUCUUUUCUUUCUUUUAUUCAUAUUAUGUUAUAUAUCUCUUUGUACAUCCAAUUUAUCCAUUAAAUUUAUAUUUCGUCUUAUAAUCGUGUGGGUUUCUAUAGUCAAUAAUACUAUGACUUGGCGCCAUAUAUAUUUGUAUAUCUUCAGAAAAAAUGUUAAAGUGUUUUUAAGGGCAAAAAUAUUAAAAAUUUUAUAAACUUUUAAAUUUGGGACGAUUUAAUCUUCAACUUCACUGAAAUAAAUAAAUCGUAAAGUUUUUUAUGACUUCCUAAAUAAUAAAUAAAGUUUUUGUUGACUUGCCAUUUGAGUAAUGUCGUUAAAUAGGUUAACAAUUUUAUUUUUUAUGACGACGUCAUUUAUUGUAGAGACAAAACGACGUCGUUUAUUGUAGAGACAAAACGACGUCGUUUAUUACAGAGACAAAACGACGUC